AUUUUGAAAGGUAUAUAAACAGCAAGUCCUUCUAGCAGGUUUUACAUCAGACCCUGAAUAUCCUUUCACUCCUGCCAAAAUGUAUCUGAAAAGGCUCCUAUUGAGCAUCUUCCUUCUGAGUUCCAUCAAUGGAGCAGCAAUUGAUCCUACUUAUUUAUUGACCAUCCCUGCUGUGCUGAUUGCAAACGAUACAGGGAAUGUUUGUUUCAACAUCAUCAGCAGCGAGCAAUCCCUCCAUGCAACCAUCCAACUACAGUAUGACUUUGAAAACAUCACCAUUCUUGACGAGGAGGACACAGUGCCUAUUUUAUUCCACUGCUACACAUUUAAUGUUCCGUCAGUGGAUACUAAUACCCCUGUGUUUGUGUAUAUGGGUAUCUCUGGAAAGGAUUGGAAGAUCGAGAAACGCAAGUCGGUGGUGAUACAGCCAUAUGGUGACAACACAUACGCCCAAUUUGACAAACCUUUGUACCAGCCAGGAGACCUAGUGAAAUUCCAUGUGUUCUGUCUCAAUCACAAGCUGCUGCCUCAGAACAAGACGUAUGCAGUAAUCUACAUCACGGAUCCGAGCGGUAACCGCCUGGCCCAGUGGUUAGAUCAGACGUUGGAACACGGCAUUUUGGAAUUUCAGUUCCAGCUCGAAGACGAUGCUGCCCCAGGAUACUACACGAUUUACAGUGAAACGGAAACCUCCGAAUAUUCUAACUACAUCCAAUCAUUCCCAGUGCAGGAAUAUGUAACACCCCGAUUUGAGGUGAAUGUAAUAGUCCCGAACGCCAUAUCUGUAUUGGACAUCAAUUUCCUGGUUGAGGUCCUUGUCUUAUAUACAUAUGGUGACCCAGUCCCAGGUGUCGUCACAGCAAGAAUCUGCAGGUCUCCCGCGUACCACUAUGGCCCAAAGAGUAACUGCUUUUACAACAUCGAUAUCUGUCAUGAUAUCACAGGCACAAUUGGGCCUAAUGGUACAUUCUCCAGUGUCGUCGAUCUACAUCAAUUCUACAUAAAUCUACAAGGAUUCCAGAUGGGGCUCAGUAUAGAGCUCACUGUCGUGGAAGCAGGCACAGGAGUCCAAGUUAAAGAGUAUCGUUACAUGUAUAUCUCAAGUCAGCUGGCAAAUGUAAGAUUUCUUUAUGAAUCCAUGGACACAUAUUACAGACACGGACUUCCUUAUCCUGUUGGGGUUGCUCUAACAAAUGAAAAGAAUGAACCCAUUCCAAACCAGCAAAUUAAGCUGUCCUUUAACGACAAGUUUCUUGUAACUAUAACAACUGACUCCAGUGGAAAAGCAGGAUACCUUAUUGAUACAAAUAAUUAUAUAGAGCCUAAUUUUAAUCUCACGGCUACAUAUGAAAACCCAGAUCAGUGUUACUACUUAAGCUAUAGUAACGAGCAAUAUCCCACAGACCGUCACCAAGUCUUACGCUUUUAUUCCGAGACGGGGAGCUUUGUGCAGAUCCACCAACUUCUUGGAGAGCUGAGCUGUGGGCAAAGCUAUAGCGUCGAUGUGCAGUAUAUACUGACCAGGGAAGGAGUGGGAGAGGCUAGUACUAUCACAUUCUACACAAUGAUAAUGUCAAAAUUAUUGCUUGUGCAACAUGCUUCGCAUGACGUCGAUCUGACCACAUCUCUGACGGGCACGUUUUCUGUAGAAAUCUCUGUAUCUGACCAAUUGGCACCGACUGCAACUCUUCUUGUAUACUGUAUAUUAGACAUCGAGAUUAUUGCACAUACUAUCACCCUGAACAUAGAGAAAUGCUUCAGAAAUAAGGUAUCACUGAAUUUCUCACAAGAAGUGCUGCCUCCGGGAUCUAAUGUUGACUUGCAGCUCUCUGCGGCUCCUUGGUCUAUCUGUGGAGUAAGAGUCGUUGAUUACGGCCUCACCCUGCUCAAUCAGUAUGAGGGGUUGAGCGCCAAUAACGUGUAUUCUCCAUUAUAUGCCUUGAGGCUCUAUGGGUACAGAGUUGGUGGCUAUGAAUUGGAAGACCCUGCACCCCCAUGUGAGGAUCCUAACAAACAGGUAUUUUGCCGAGGGAGAUACUAUGUACCUGUGAGCUACAGGAACGAAGGAGACACUUACACAUACUUUAAGAACAUUGGUCUCAUUGUCGAGACUCCUAACAGGGUGCAGAGACCUGUAGUCUGUGGAGAGCCAGAUCCGUAUGAUUUUAUUCCGUUAUAUACAGCCUUUGACGCAUCAGCUCAAUUUUCUGGAUCAUCACCUAAUACCGUUGAAACAGUUCGUAAGAACUUUGCAGGAGCCUUUGGAUUUUUGAUAGUGCCUACAGACUCUGAAGGCCACGCAACCCAAACGCAGCUUGUUCCAGAUUCUAUCACUCGGUGGGAAGGCAGCUCAUUCUGCCUCUCCGAUGUGGAGGGUUUUGGAUUUACUGAAUACCCAGCCAACUUAACCACAUUCCUGCCACUCUUUGGCGAGAUCACAAUACCAUUUUCUAUACUCAGAGGAGAGAUCAUGGUCCUGAGGGCUGCUGUGUCUAACUACUUUGAGAACAGGUGUAUCAAGGUCCACGUGGAAUUACAGCAAUCCAAUGACUAUGAAGCCACACCAGUAGGUGAUAACCAGGAGGACAGGUCCUUACAGUCUGGGCAGAAAAGUUUUUACUUCUGGAACAUAGACGCUAAAUCAUUAGGAAAGGUUGAAUUUACAUUCUCAGCUGAAACAACCUUCAUCGGGGAAUCGUGCGAUGGAGAAAGUGAUCCAACAAUAGAACCUCACAGGGACACAGUGAUCCAAAAUCUUCUCAUAAAACCUGAAGGAAUUCCGCAAGAAUCGACAACUACUUACCUUGUUUGUGUUGAAGACUCAACCUCUAAUCUACAAUUUUCGAUUUCUGUUCCGGAGAAUGCAGUGGUGGACUCUAUUAAAGCUUCUGUCACUUUUGUGGGUGACUUUCUUAGCCUGACAUGGACAAAUAUUGAGAAUCUUCUCCGGAUGCCAAGUGGAUGCUGCGAGCAGAAGCUUGCCCGUAUGGCUCCCAUCCCAUAUCUCCUGAAUUACAUGAAUACCACACAUCAAUUAACUGACGAAUUGCUACAGAAAGGAACUGAAUAUUUGAUUCAAGGUCGUAACCAGAUGUUCAGAUGCCGGAGUUACGAUGGUUCAUACGGUGUGUUCUGGAGCUCGGUAUCCAAUGGGAAUUCAUGGUUGACGGCCUCCGCCUACAAGACAUUUGCAAAAAGCAGUGGUUACAUCACGAUCGAUAAAACACAACAAGAACAAACUAUGAUUUGGUUGUCAAAGACCCAGGACUUGGAAAGUGGCUGCUUCAUCCCACAAGGAAAUCUUUUCACAGUUGAGGCCGUGGAAAAUCCCAGUGUCCUCUUCACGGCUCAUAUGUCCAUUACAAUAUCAGAGACUAAUGACAGUCUGAUUGGGAUUGUAAUGCAAGAAGGAGCGUUAAGGUGCUUACGGUCUGCCAUCAAUGAGAAUUCAAACGGACUGUAUACUCAAUCACUCAUACUACGAGCAAUGACACUAGCCCAGGACUGGGAAAACCGAGAUAUCCUGCUUGAACAAAUUAAAGGGAAAGCCAUAUCAGAGGAUGGCACAUUGCACUGGGAACUUGAUGACAUUAGCAUUGUCCGUUCUUUCUACUAUUGUCGAUACUACCCAUCUGAGCUGGAGAUAGCAGCAAAUAUCCUCCUCAGCAUCCUCGAUGGUCCCGUCUUUACAGAUGAUGAUUUGAUCUAUUCGACUAAAAUCGCACUGUGGCUCAGUCGGCAGUUUAAUUCAAGAGGCGGAUUCUGCUCCUCGCAGGACACGGUGGUCGUAUUACAAGCUUUGUCUCUAUUUGCUACAAAAAUAUUUCAGCCAAAUUCCCACCAUGAUAUCACAGUAAAUGAUGGCAGUGAAGACAUCAUAGCGGUGACCUUAAACCAAGACAACCGGCUCCUGGUACAGACACACCCCCUUCCUCAUAUCCCAGGGAACUACAACACCCAAGUCACUGGGCUGGGCUGCUGCCUGAUACAGGCCACAACUGAAUACAACAUCGUUGUUCCAGAAACCGGCUCUGCUUUCGAUGUGUCUGCCGUUACAACAAGUCCACAAUGCACUAACGGAGCAGCAGAUAUCAUUGCAGUCAAUAUUACCAUGAGUUACAACGGUCCUUAUAAUGAUUCCGGCAUGGUAGUUAUAGACUUCCGAUGCUUUUCAGGAUACACAGACGAUUACACAUCCCUUUAUGAGUUGGAGUCUGACAGAACUAUCUCUAAAGUUGAGAGAUCGGAUGGGCACAUAUAUAUAUAUAUAAUUUCUGUGUCGUCCAAGAAGGUGAACAUCUCCUUUAAAAUGUUAAUGGGCCAGCGGGUGCUGAAAGUCCAAAAUGGCUCAAUCUAUGUUUUUUCUUAUUACAGACCAGAUCAGAAUGGGUACUCUCAGUACAGCCAUCCCUGCAGUGAUACUGUGUAAAAAGGCAUAUUGAAAGCCACACGAGGAGAUGAAGAUGUUGCCAUUCAUGUCGGAG